AUGGGUAACUCGAGCAGCGCAAACAAGAUCUCUGCCCAGGAUAAGGCGAUCCUGGAUAUGAAGAACCAGCGCGAUAAGCUGCGACAGUACCAGAAGCGAAUCACCGUCCUCACCGACCGCGAGAAGGAGAUUGCGAAGGAAUGUCUAGCCAAGGGAGAUACAGGCAAGGCAAAGCUAGCGCUGAGGAGGAAGAAGUACCAGGAGGGUCUCUUAUCCAAGACCGAUGCCCAACUAGCGCAGCUGGAGAUCCUCACCAGUGACGUCGAGUUCGCCCUGGUGCAGAAGGAUGUCUUGUUUGGUCUGCAGCAGGGAACGGCAGUUCUCAAGGAGAUCCACAAGGAAAUGGGCGGCAUCGAGAACGUAGAGAAGCUGCUGGGUGAGAACGAGGAGGCUCGUGCUUAUCAGGAGGAAAUCAGCGAGCUCCUUGCGAACAAGAUGUCCAACCAAGACGAAGACGAAGUCGAAGACGAGCUCGAUGCUCUCGAAGCAGAAGUCAACGGCACCGUUCCUGCGUUACCCGACGCGCCUGUCGCACAGCCACAGUUCACACCCGAAGAGAAGGCGCAAAUGGCCAAGGACAGAGCGGCGAGACGGGCGAGGGAAAGGGCUGCCGAGCAGGCAUCGCAGCCCAUGUUGGCGUGA